AUGCUGUGGACCACUUUGCCAAGGCGGCUUGUAGGGAAGGUGCUGCCAGUCCUGGGCGCAGUGCUGUUCCAGAAGAGAGAAAAAAGGGGAUUUCAGCUAAGAAGCUGGCAGCGAGAGAUCUACCCGCAUUAUGACCUUCAGGUGAAAGUGGUGAGAGCCAGAAAUGUCAAAGGCACCGACCUAUUGUCUAAGGCAGAUUGCUUUGUGGAAGUACGACUCCCUACGUCCUCACCAUUCACUUCUCAGACAAAGGUGGUUCCCAAUUGCAGCCAUCCAGAGUGGAAUAAAACCUUCCACUUUCAGAUCCAUGAGGCUGUGAAGAACAUUCUGGAGCUCACCCUCUAUGACGAAGACGUGCUUCAAAAUAACAUGCUGGCUUCAGUUAUGUUUGACCUUGGGGGCUUGGAGCCUGGCCGUUCUUACAAUCACACCUUUCUGUUCAACCCCAAGGACAAAGAGGAACUGCAGGUAGAAUUUUUCUUGGAAAAAGGAAAUAUGCCUGCUUCUGAAGUCAUCACUAAUGGGAUCCUGGUGGCCCAUCCCUGUCUGAGAAUCCAGGGCACCAUAGAAGAAAAGACUAUUGCCCUGUGGCAGGAAAAUGGAAACAGGACUAUGCAAGUGUCAGUGCCUGGGGCCUAUGAGAAGCCACAGUCUUUCCCCAGGUAUCCAUCUCAAGAGAAGGGCUCUCCAAAAACCUUCGUCUUUCAUGUGAAUCCUAUCCUGCAAUCCAAGCUGAACAUAGUUUUGCAGCAGAGUCCUGAGCUGGAGACCCAAACCAGGAUACUGGGUAGAGAGGAGAUCCCUCUUUCCUCAUUGCCCCUGGGACAGGAAGUGCAGCAUUUGGUGGCUCUGGGAGAGGGUAAUGAGCUAACUCUGAGGCUCAAGGCAGAAGUAAGCUCCAGGGACCUUGAUAUUCGCCUUGGUUUUGACCUGUGCAAAGGGGAACAGAAGUUCCUGGACAAGAGGAAGCAGGUGGUGUCGAAGGCUCUACAGAAGGUGCUGGAAUUGGAUGAAGCCCCGCAAAAUGAUCAAGUACCAGUGGUGGCUGUGCUGGGCACUGGGGGUGGGAACAGAGCCAUGACAUCCCUGUACGGCAGCCUGACUGGGCUACAGGACCUGGGUUUACUGGAUACUGUGACCUACCUGAGUGGGAUCUCAGGUUCUACAUGGUGUAUUUCCACCAUCUACAAGGACCCUGCUUGGUCCCAGACGUCACUACAGGUCCCAACGAGGCGAGCAAGAAGCUUCGUGUGCAGCAGCAAAACAGGAGCCUUCUUGUCCGACCAGUUGCUCUAUUAUGGACAGCAGCUGAUGGCCCAGGAGAAGAGUGGCCUCCAUGUGUCUCUCAUUGACCUUUGGGGUCUUCUUGUUGAGCAUUUCCUUCAUCAGGAGGAAAACCCAGCCAAGUUGUCUGACCAGCGGGCAGCGGUUGUUCAGGGACAGAAUCCCUACCCCAUCUAUGCAGGCAUCAACGUCCACAGGAAUAUGUCUAGCCAAGAUUUUGCAGAGUGGUGUGAGUUCACUCCCUAUGAGGUUGGCUUCCCCAAAUAUGGGGCCUUUGUCCCCACAGAGUUAUUUGGCUCCGAAUUCUUCAUGGGGCGGCUGCUGAGGGCUUGGCCAGAGCGUCGGAUCUGCUACCUGCAGGGUGUGUGGGGUAGCGCCUUUGCUAUCAACCUGGAUGAAAUCUUCCAGAGGAUAAUCGGCUCUGGGAUCAGCUUCUUGGGAUCUUACAGGGGUAGUGUUAAUGACAAAGAUGACAAUGAGACUCUACAGCUGUUUGACCCAGCUCGGUUAAAGACACAACUUUAUAUCCCACAAGGCAUUUUCUCUCAGACCAUUAUGGAUAUCUUCACCUUCCGCUUCACUUCUGGGGAAAACUUCAAUUUUAUCCAAGGACUUUGCAUGCAUGAACACUACACUAAGAGCAAGGAAUUUGUAACUCGGAAAGGCAGCCACCCAGAUUCUUUUCCUAAUAAACUCACACCCAUGAGGAAGUGCCUCUACUUGGUAGAUGGAGGCUUUGCCAUCAACUCUCCAUUCCCACUGGUGCUGCUGCCUCAGAGAGAUGUGGAUGUUAUCUUGUCUUUCAAUUACUCUUUGGAAAAUCCAUUCCAGGUCCUGAAGCAGACAGAGAAGUACUGUCAAGAUCGAGACAUUCCCUUUCCCCGGAUAGAGCUGAAAGAGGAGGACAUGUCUGAACCCCAAGAGUGCUAUGUGUUUGAUGAUGCAGAGGAUCCCCGUGUGCCCAUUGUGUUACACUUCCCCCUCGUGAAUCGCACCUUCCAAAAAUACCGGGCACCAGGAGUGGAGCGGCACACACCAGAGGAGAAAGACUUUGCCAACUUUGCCAUAAAGGACCAGGACAAUACCUAUGGAUUGAUGAACUUCACCUACCAGCCAAACCAGUUUGACCGCCUGGUAGAACUGAGCAGAUACAACGUCCUGAACAAUGCGGAGGCUGUGCGGUCUGCUCUACACAAGGCCCUGCAGCGGAGGCAGGCUGGGAGAUGAGGAUCCCAUGGGCUCCAGGGGGCUGCAAGGGACCAGCCACAACCCAAGGAGCUUUAAGCUGCUCUUGCCUGGAAGCCUGAUUGGAGAAG